GUUUUAAGGGUAGAAGUUGUAGAACUUGUCAAAAUAAUGCUACCUUAAAACCUACUCUCGACUAGUCAAAAUUACUCAAUUUUCUUUUCGUUUUUUUUUUCUUUUUAUUUUAAUUUUUUGGUAGUACCACCGUUAAAGCGUAGACUUGAAGACCACUAUUCAAACCAAUUAAAGUCCCCUUCAAUUUCUCUCUCUUUAUCUUUCUCUUUCUCUUCUACCAUCAUCUUUGUCUUCUGAAGUUAUUCCAUUUCGAAUCCAGGACAUGGGUUGAGUAGUUGUUGCUAUAGUCUUUGAGGAACUAGUCUGAUAAUCUGUUCUUUAAUUAUGGAAUUUGGUCUUACUACUCUUACAGAUUUCUACACUAAGAAAAUGCUGUUUAAAGAUCAGAAAAUGGUUACAUGAAUGUGGUCAACGGUCUGGUUCAUGUCUGCUUUCAAAGACCGAUCAGUUGAUCAUUGUAGUAUAGCUGUAUGAUAUCUCAUCACCUUUGGCUUCAUGUGCUAUUUGGUUUGAGGUUGUCACGUUUAAGCACUACCUUUCUGCACAAAGUGAUUGACUCUAUUUGUUGGAGCUAAUAAUGAAAGACAUGAAGAAAUGGUAUGUUGGUGUUAUAGUUUCCUCUAUCUUCAUGUUGCUGGUGCUACGAUACACCAUCAUGCAAAACCCACUAGGGCCAAGUUCCUUGACUGCUUCUUUAACGUUCAAUGCGACUAAUCCAUUUGAAUGGGUUAACACUAAUCCUCUUGAAUGGAUAAGCUCUACUGGUACACCUGAUGUUCAAAGUCCUAAGAUUGCUACCCAAGUAAUUUCUACUGAUACUCUGACAUCCGGACUCUUUGUUUGGAGAAACCUUACGAAGGUGGAGCAACAUUCUUUGCUGACUUGGAACCAGCUGAAGCACUUGAUAAAUAAUUCUCAGUCUUUACCAAAUGCACUAGAAGCCAUUAGAGAAGCUUCACAUGCGUGGAGUGGCCUUAUGACUGUGAUUGAAGAGGAAAAGCUUCAUGUAAAUGACAGUACUACUGUAAAAGCAAAGGAGAAACAGUGUCCGCACUAUCUUAAGAAGAUGAGUGGCUUAGAACUUAACAAUAGUGAUUUCAGGCUAGAGGUCCCUUGUGGAUUGACUCAAGGUUCGUCUGUUACAAUAAUAGCUAUUCCAAAUGGCCUUCUUGGCAACUUCCGGAUUGACUUAACUGGGGAACAUAUUCCUGGAGAGCCAGACCCACCUAUUAUACUGCACUAUAAUGUUAGGUUACAUGGAGAUCAGAUAACAGAGGACCCUGUUAUUGUUCAAAACACCUGGACUGCUGCACAUGACUGGGGUGAAGAGGAGCGUUGCCCGAAUUCUGAAACUGACACUAACAAAAAAGUGGAUGAGCUUGAUCAGUGCAAUGAAAUGGUGGGAAAGGAUGUCAAUCAGACAUUGAAAGCGUUCACCCAUGUAAAUGGUUCUAAAGGAUCUCCACAUAUUCAUGAUGGGUUCAAAAGAAGACCAUACUUCCCUUUUAAACAGAGCUAUCCAUUUGUUGCAACACUUAGAGUGGGUUCAGAAGGGAUACAAAUGACAGUUGAUGGGAAGCAUGUAACAUCAUUUGCUUAUCGUGAGACCUUGGAGCCUUGGCUUGUUAGUGAAGUUAGAAUAUCUGGAGAUCUGCAGUUAAUUUCUAUCAUUGCAAGCGGUCUACCUACAUCUGAGGAUAUAGAGUAUGUUCGUGAUCUGGAAACUCUGAAGGCUGUUCCCAUUCCACACGAAAAAGCUUUAGAUCUUUUUAUUGGGGUUUUCUCGACUGCAAACAACUUUAAGCGCCGUAUGGCUGUUCGAAGAACGUGGAUGCAAUUUCCAGAAGUGCGCUCAGGGUCAGUUGCAGUGCGCUUUUUUGUUGGUUUGCAUAAAAACCAAAGAGUGAAUGAAGAACUGUGGAAUGAAGCCCGUACUUACGGAGACGUGCAGUUGAUGCCAUUUGUAGAUUAUUAUAGUCUGAUUACAUGGAAGACUGUGGCCAUCUGUGUUUUUGGGACGGAGGUUGUUUCAGCAAAAUAUGUCAUGAAGACAGAUGACGAUGCUUUUGUUCGUGUUGAUGAAGUAAUAGCUUCCUUGAAUAAGAUAAAUGUGACUCGUGGGUUGCUUUAUGGGCUCAUUAACUCUGACUCACGACCUCACCGGAGUCCUGACAGCAAAUGGUUUAUUAGUACUGAGGAAUGGCCUGAAGAAACUUACCCACCUUGGGCACAUGGUCCUGGUUAUGUUGUGUCACAUGACAUUGCGAAAGCAGUAUCUAAGAGACAUCAAAAUGGGCAACUGAAGAUGUUUAAGUUGGAGGAUGUCGCAAUGGGCAUCUGGAUUGCUGACAUGAAGAAAGAAGGGCUUGAGAUCAGGUAUGAGAAAGAGAUGAGAGUCUACAACGAGGGUUGCAAGGACGGUUAUGUUGUUGCACACUAUCAAGGUCCAAGAGACAUGUUGUGUUUAUGGCAAAAACUUCAAGAAACCAAGCGCGCCUUCUGCUGUGGAGAUGGUAUGAGCUGAGAAUUUUUUUGACGGCUGACAGUGACUACCAACCAUUGCUUCUGCAUAGAUGUAGGAUUUAGGUAGUAGAUGAAUACACAUUUUUAGGAAUUGCAUAUAUAGGAGGCAUUACCUUGUUCUUUUACCUCUCAUUCCUUGAGAGCGAGUAGCUGAUUUCUAAGGGUUUAGCCGUAUUCCAUUUUGUAACAUAUUGAGUACUCCAUAUAUGCGAGAGAGAGGUCACAUAUACGGAGUAUUAUCUAAUAUCCUUGUAUAGAAUUAAAAGAGGGUGUAUAAAUUCGGAGUAUUUUGCAAUUAUGAUGUGCUGAAUACCCUUUUCUCCCAUUCUUCCAUCUCAAAA